GCUGGUGCUGCGAGGUGCGGAAGGCGGCCGGUACUUGUUUAGUCACGUGACCAGUCAUCUGUUGUCGUCAGCUACUUUCUCUCGCGAAAGUUCAUCAUUUUUGAGUAAACAGGAAAACCAAGAGCUGCCCGGCCUAUUUCAGAGGCGUCGUAAUAGACAGAGAGCCAUAAAACUGUUGAAAGUAGACCUUCGGCUCUUGUGUGUCCGAGGGGAGGUUGUUUACAUGUGGCCGCCUCUCCAGCACCCUGCCUCCCCGCCGCCCCUGCAGGGAUAGGGAAGCCGAAGGAAGGAAUACAGGAAGGCUGCUGAUAAGAAUAUCGCCCAACUAACACUCAAAGUGAACUACCCAUCUGCCACCCUCUCCCUCCAUUAUCUGCUCAAGUUCCCGUUGCCCGCCAUGGCCCGUCAGUAGCCAGCCCCCCAUGACACCAGCCGGCAUCUGUGACCACCAAAGCAGAUAACAAACUAGUGGAGGACUUGCAUUGCGGGUGUCCAGCUUGGCGUGCGUUAAGGCGUCCCCCAGGCAACCAUGAUCGUGGAGAGUCCUGACCUCCUGAAGCAGUGGCUCACUGCAUACCUCGCCCCACUAUGUGAUGCUGAUCCUGAGGCCCUUGCCAAAUAUUGCCUUGCCCUGGUUAGGAAGGACCGGCCUGUGUCUGAACUCAAAGCCAGCAUGGUGGAGCAGCUAGACGUGUUCCUGCAGUCAAAUACAAAGUCAUUCGUGGAUAAGUUCCUUGAAGUCACUACAAGUCGUUCUUACUUACCAAAGCGUUUGGUACCUUCCUCCUCAUCCUCAACCUCAUCAUCAGCUUCAUUCAAUUUAGAUUCAACAUCUGACAGUGGAAUUCCCCCUUUGCCCCCAGCUCCUUCCACUAAGCAGUCCUCGGGUCACUCCCCAGACUCCACUACUCCCCCUAACAAUGUGCCCCCUCCAGCAGUACCUUCCUCCACUUCUCCUUCACUUCCUACUCCACCAUUGCCACCUCCUGCCUCAACUACUGCCCCCCCUCCUCCACCCCCCCCUGAGGCUGUUCCUCCACCACCUCCACCUGCUUCAGUCAUUAUUCGCAAAGAGGAGGUGACCUCAUCCCAGCGCCUACGAAAGCCAGACUCUAAAUCACCUGUAGAGAUUACCAAGCAUAAAGAACAAGGCAUUAAAGAAAACAUAUUGGAUCGAGACAGAGAUGACAGGAGGGGGAGGAGAAGGUCACCCUCAAGGAUACGGUCACGCUCAAGGUCACGCUCAGGUUCAAGGUCAAGGGAUCGCUCCCGAAGGUCUCGCUCAAGAGGCCGUAAUGGCCGUAGCAAAUAUGAUGACAGAAGGAGGAGGUCACCACUCUCCAAAAGGUACAGGCGUUCCCGCACCCGUUCUCGCACCAGGAGUCCGAGACGGUCCAGGAGUCCCCGUCGUUCAAGGUCUCGAGAGAGGAAGUCGAGGUCCAGAAAUAGGUCUCGCUCCCUCAGCCCAAGGUCCAGGCCUCUUAUACGUGGAAGGUCACCAGCUAUCUUGCCUAGGACCCCAUCCCCAACCAGAAAUAAGUCACUUCCUAGAGAUGAGCCAAGGGAGAGCCCACAGAGAACUUCACCUGUGUCUGAUGUAAAGCUUGAGCCAAGGAAUGACUCAAGUGGCAUGAUUCAGAGUGUGGUAGCUGUCAAGCAUCCAGAAUUUCCCCCUCCUCCAGCCACAAAGAAACAGAGAUGUCGGGAUUAUGAUGAGAAGGGCUACUGCAUGCGAGGAGAUAUGUGCUCCUUCGAUCAUGGCUCUGACCCAGUGGUGCUGGAAGGCAUCAGUGGCAUGCUGGACUAUCCUCCUCCUCCAGUACCUCCAGGUCCUCCAGGCACUCCAGGAUACACCCCAGCACCUGCCCCAACACAAGGGGUGCCUCGUCCCCGACCACCUCUUCCAAGGCAUCCACAUUUUGCUGAGUACACACCCCGGGAUCCAAGUAUGUGGGGAAGUCAGCCUGAUCCUGGCCCUGGCCCUUACUAUGGGAGUGGCCCUGAGCGAGGCCCAGGCAGCCUUGGGCACAGGUUCUCUGCCCCACCACCUCCUCUACCUCCCAACACCUCAAGAGAGCUCAUCAGUGUGCCAGUCAACAAUGGGACCCACAUUGUGGGAGGUAGUGCAGUGGGCCCAUCCUUAGCCAGGCGUUUAGGGCCAGUGGUAGCAUCAGGGGGACACAGCCUCUCAUUACCAUCCAAAGGAACACGACAAGACCUUGAAAGCUGCACCCUGGAACUGCGAAAGAUUCCUCCUGGCCUCAACACCAUCGCCCAUCUCAAUGACCACUUUGCCAAGUUUGGUACAAUUGUAAACAUACAGGUCCAUCAUGAAGGCAACCCAGAGAAUGCUCUGGUGACUUUCAACAGUCACUCUGAGGCUAAUGCAGCAUACCGAAGUACUGAAGCUGUUCUUAACAACCGAUUCAUCAAGCUCUUUUGGCACAACCCACAGGGCAAAAUUGAAAGAGCUGCCUCAUACUCCACCCAGCCUGUGCGUCCUGUUCAUGACAGGCUGGGUGUUCGUCACCCAAACAAAACAUUGAACAAGACUAUGAUGGAAACUUCAUCUGAGGAUAAAAAUGAGAAGGUCAUGAUGUCACGUGGUAGCCUAGUCAAGACAGUUUACAAUACUCAGGCCCUUCAGUCAGCUGCUGCAGUGUCCACUAUAAAUACCCCAAGUUACUCAGCAGCAGCAAUGACAGGCAACACAGCUGGAGCAGGGGCCCCCCUAUCCCCAGGGUGUGGGCCACAUCCCUUACCAACUGCACCAGGAGCUGUCACCCCUACUUCACCCCUGGCAGGGUCUCCCUCUCUACCAGCAGUUGCUGCUGAGUUUUCACACACUACCACCUCAUCUUCUGACACAAAGAAGCAGGAAAUAGAUGCCAUUCUGAAGCAACGAGAGCUCUUGGCUGCUGAGGUUGCUGCCAAGCACAAAGUUGAAAAACAGAAGGCUGAUGCAAUAAAGCUGAAAUCAGAAGUAGAACAAAGGAAACGACAGCUGUUGGACAAACAGAUGCAGCAACUUAAGGUUCUCUUGAAAAGAGUGGAAACAAACAAAGCAACCAUGAAGCCAGAAGAGAAGAAGCAAUUGCUGGAAACAAUCAAGUCCCUUCAAGGUGCCAUUGACUCCACAAGAUCAGAACUGCCUGCUGCAGAGGUACCCAAAAGCAAGGCACAAUUGGACAAGGAGAUUCUGGACACAGAAUUGGAACUUUAUGCUGUGCAGGCUGAGAGUGGGGAUGCCACUAAGCUGAGGCUGCGACUAAACCAGCUACGUGCACAACAGCAGGCAGCAGGGUACCCUCCAACACGCUCAGUCAGACACAACCCAUAUAACACAAGAGGUGGACUGUAUGGAGGUCGAGGACGUGGGAGUGGUCGGGGUGGAGUAAGGGGCCGUGGCAGAGCGGGCCGAGGCUACAGCCACUCCUUUGCUUCUGUUGAUCGCCGAACAACCAAGAUCAAUGCUUCAGGCUUUGAAAGGGAAGACAAAGAUGAAGUUUUGGCGCAUUUUGCUACACUUGGCAAAAUCACAAAUUAUAACUGGGAUGGACAGACACCAACCAUCACCAUCCAGUACUCCACCCGGCGCGAGGCAGAGAAAGCAAUGAAUGAGGGACGCACAUUAGGUGAUCGCCUACUCACCCUUACCUGGGCUUUUGAUGCUGCUCUCCCCAUCACCUCCCAGACUACAGUUAGCACCUCAACACCCCCAUCUUCUCACCAUUCUCAAAUGUCACCGCAUUCAUAUGCUAGUGUGACACCACAUUCCACCACAGCACUACUUUCCCCUGAGGAAACACUGGAGGAGAUUACGGAAGAAAUUGUGGAGGAAGUAGAAACAGAAGAGGGUGAACAUCCAGUAUUGUUUGAAGAGGAGGAAGAAGAAGUGGAGGAGGAAGAGGAGGAAGUAAGGUCCUGGAGGAGGUAGAUGUGUGCCAGUUGGUGCUACCUUCAACCAUAAAUCAGAUUGUUGGUAACCUGAGUUUUACAUGGUUGGUAUGUAAAAUGGUGUAAGGAUACACUAUAGUCAUUUUAUAUUAUUGAAAAAUGUUACAUGCUGAUACUUUAGAAUUUUCAUAUAUUAAACAUCCUCAGUCUAUUGUUUAAUUGAUGUAGUGACAUAUAAGUGACCAUCAAAGAAAAGCUUUGAUCAUAUUGUUAAUCUAAGAGCUGUUGUGCCUUUUUUUUUUUUUUUUUAUUUUUUAUAACAUAGUGUGUAUUUUAUUCUUUUUCAUGUGUAGCAAAAAUCCAUGAACAUUUGAGAGACAGACUUGAAGAUGGAAGCAGAGAUCAUGACCAUGCAUUCUAACAAUGAUAUAUUUCCCCUCAAACAGUGUGAAUAUUGCAGUUCCAGAGCGUGUCUAUUUGUUGGAUCUUUUUAUUGUACUUCAUUCUUGAUAUUAAUGGAUAGAUAUCAGUCACUGUGUUAGAACUUAGUUAAUGGAGCAAUUAUUGAUGGGCAUUGACUUCAUUUGAAAAUUUUUACCAAAGAAGUAAUGUUGGUUAUGAAUGUGGUUACCAGAAAUAUGAAGUUAUGUAUUGAUAAAUGCUGAUUGUAUUGCAAGAAAAUUAUUAGUUUGUUAUUUUGUGUAUCAAUCCACAGUAAGAUUUAUAACUCCAAUAGUCAUGUUAAUUUUUUCUAAAAAUAAAUGUGCUGUUGUGCAGAUGAAGUAUAGUUUGUUAUGCAUGUAAAGUUGUAGCUUAAAGGUUGUGCAACAAAAACUGCCUCUAAAAGGCUUCUUCUUCUUUUUUUGUUUUUUUUUUUUUUUUUUUUACUGCAGUGACAUACUAUAGGUUCAAUGAAAAAGAAAAGGGAAUAAGUAAACCAGGAAAAUCCAAGGGUAUAAUAAUAACCAAAAAAAUCCAAUCAGAAGAUUGUCAUGAGACCAGCGCCUACAGCAAUUUUAAAAUCGGAUGAACUUAGUGUAACAUCAAAAUAUUGAUGAAAUCUGAUUUUUUACAUACAGUAACACCCCGAUUAUCCGAAAGCGGAUUAUCCGAAAAACCGGAUUAUCCGAAAUUGAUCUGGAUAAUGCCAUUUAAAUUUAAUUUUUUUUCUAUACUAAAACGUUAUAAAACAUCAAAAAUAAAUAAAAGUAACUACAUAUGUACUAUAUUAACACAUUUAAAAUUGAUAAGAACAGUUAAAAUGAAUAUGCUUUCUAAUACGUAUUGCCGAAAUAGCUUGUAACGAAUAGAUCAAUGUAUUAGACAAAAACAUUAAACAAACUCUCAACAACACCACGUCCGCACCUUCGCCCCAGCAAGGACGUAGGUGCGGCGAACGAACAAACUACUGCACGACUACUCUCACACCGUACUCUCAAGACAACGACACAAACACGACUCCCCUCUCCACUCCAUGCCACAUUCCCCUUCCAACAUACGAGUUGCGCGAUAAUAUGAGUCAUCAUACUGUGUCUCCACCUGCACGAUGCAUCAAGGUCACACUUGUAAGCUUGCACAACCAUUCACAAUCGCACUCUGCAACAUUCACAAUUCAGAUCUGCAACGCUCACAAGUAUCAACAUACACUGGUCCAGACAAGGAGACACACAGACAAACAUACAAUAAAACAUUUACAUCACAUGUUUUAAGCGUACUACUUUGUUUAGCGUCGCGGUGGUUUGUUUGGUGUCAUUGUUUACAUCGUCA